AUGACCACGGUUGCCUCCGCCCGUCUCGUCAAAAAUCGGAUCGAAGAGUUGUAUUUCUGUUUCAGCGCUCUACUUUAUUUGAAAUUCUUUCUGCUAUGGGCUGUUGUCCUACUAGCUGAUUUUAUUUUGGAAUUUCGAUUCGAAUUUCUUUGGCCAUUCUGGCUUCUUCUUAGAAGUGUCUACGACUCUUUCAAAUAUCAGGGACUGGCAUUCUCAGUCUUCUUUGUUUGCAUUGCUCUCACUUCUGACAUGAUUUGCUUCUUCUUCAUCCCAGUUCAAUGGCUGUUUUUUGCUGCCAGCACAUAUGUAUGGGUCCAGUAUGUGUGGCAUACAGAAAAAGGCAUAUGUGUGCCAACAGUUGCUCUGUGGCUUCUAUUUGUAUAUAUGGAAGCUGCAGUUCGCUUAAGAGAUGUGCGGCAUCUCCCUUUCCACCUUGACUUAUGCAGGCCAUUUGCAGCCCAUUGCAUUGGUUAUCCGGUGGUAACAUUGGGCUUUGGCUUUAAAAGCUAUGUUGGCUUCCGAAUGAGACAGCGUAAACAACGUGAUGUUGCAAAAGAAAAUGAAUUCUAUAUGCAGCUACUACAGCAAGCAUUGCCAAUAGAACAGCAGCCGCAACAGCAACCUCAGCAGCAGCAGCAGCAGCAGACGACGACGACUUCACACACAACAAGUCCAGAAAAAAGUAAAGGUAACAGCCCAAUGGGCGAUGGUGUAUCGAAUGGAGUCGGCCACACUGCCACUAAUCAAACACAAUCAACAAAGAAUAAUCAUAGGAAAUCGCUAGAUAAGGGAGAGCGAGAAAAGAAUACUCCUGAUUCAGAACAUAAGGCUUCCAAAAUAUAUGCACACACUAAUGGAUCCAUCCAUUCUGAAAUUAGUUUUAUCGAAAAAUUAGGGUCUGUAAAUGAGUUCGAUGAAAACGAGGUAGAGAAGGAUAAAAGUGCGAAAGGCAAUAAUCAGCAUCACCACCAACAGCAUCACAAUCACAACCACAUAAAAAACAACUCCAAGUGGACGAACAAUCAAGUGAGAGAUAAUGCCGUCAAUAGUCAGCGGGAGAGGAAGAACAAAGCCAACAGGGAACAACAUACUGAGCACACAAACUCCAACAAGGACGAGUAUUGUCUCAGGUUGGAAGCAGAAGUAAAGCGGUUAAAAUUAGAUUUACAUGCUUCUAGACAAACAGAGCAAGAACUGCGAGGUCAAGUUAACUCUCUCUUGAGUAGUGAGAAGACGAACAAGAAUGAAGUUUGCCAACUACAUCUUGACAAUGAAGAACUUCAAUCUAAAUUGCACGGCCUGGUGUCGGCGCGGCAGAGUGACAAGCAGACGCUGGCUGCGCUGGAGAAGCGCGUGGCAGAGGAGCGGCGCAUGCGCGGUGCGUGUGAGGCGCAGCUGGCAGCCGAACGCAAGGCGAAGGAGGCGGCUGUUGCACGUGCGGCCGUUGCCAUGGCAACCGUGUCCAAGGUGGUCGAGUGCACGGACGUGUGUCGUGCGCGCCGGCGCGACCUGGAGGCCGACAACAAGCAGCUGCGACGCGAACUCAAGGCCAACGACGACCGUUUAGCCCUUGCCGAGCGCGAAGCACAAAGUUUACGACAGUACAAAGAUAGUCAUAAUGAAUCAGAGAUUCUAAUGUCAGCUCUAUCUGCUAUGCAAGAUAAGAAUACGCACCUGGAAAACAGUCUUAGUGCUGAGACUCGUAUAAAACUCGACCUCUUCUCAGCGUUAGGAGAAGCUAAACGACAACUAGAAAUAAGGGAAAGUAAGUAACUUGGAAUUACAGUU